AGCACGCCUUGCACGAACGCCAUUUUGCAGACAAUACCCCCGCAGCAGACGCCGCCUUCAACCUGCUGUGCAUAUUAAACAAAACGGCUUUAAUUCACUCUCUGUCACUGGAUGGUUGUCUUUUGGACGGGGAGGAGGACACACACAAUGGAGCAGCCAAUAGCAGAGUUCCCCUGCUGCCUGCGGAGGAAAAUCCAAGCCAAAGACACAAUAUAUUGAUUUGCUAGAAGAGAGGAGAGCAUCAAGUGACCUGAGGUGGGCCGCCCGCGAGUGGUCGUCAAGAGGAGACUACCGAUACAGACUACACCUAAGCCGCAACGACAUCUUCAAUCGAGUGAUGGGGUCGGAGAGAGUGAAGCACACCAUCAGCCAGUUAGCCAAGAAUGAGCAGGACCAAGAGGCUUUGGAGGAAGAAGUGAAGGGCAUCCUGGAACAGAUGGGGCACACGCAGGACAUAGGCACUAUACGACAGUUUGCCUUUAUCCUUCCCAAGAUCAUGAAGAGAAUUUAUGGAAAAGUUCUAAUUAAUGAGGAGGGUAUUGAGAAACUUCGCAGGAAGCUGGUUGAAACACCUGUAAUCCUGCUCCCAACACAUCGAUCCUAUGCAGACUUCCUGUUAGUAUCCUACAUCGCAUACCAUUUCAACCUGCCCUUGCCUGUUAUUGCUGCUGGAAUGGAUUUUAUGAGCAUGGCGGUCAUAGGCGAGAUGCUGAGACGUUCAGGUGCAUUUUACAUACGCCGAACAUUCAUGGACAAUGCACUCUAUUGGGCAGUAUUCCAAGAAUAUGUUCAGACCAUUGUGGAGUGCACUGGGUCUCCCCUUGAGUUCUUUCUAGAAGGUACUAGAAGUCGCAGUGGAAAGUCGUUACCGCCAAAGAUAGGGUUGCUUGGCUGUGUGUCAGAGUGCUGGCUGCGAGGAAGGUUGCCAGACCUUGCCGUCGUGCCCAUAAGCAUCUCAUAUGACAGGACCCUUGAGGAGAAGCUUUAUGCAUAUGAACUGCUCGGAGUGCCCAAACCCAAAGAAUCAACGUCGGGUCUUCUAAAGGCAACCAGCAUAUUAAAGGAAAACUUUGGAGACAUUCGCAUCCAUGUCGGUGACCCCAUAUCAGCCAGGAGCUUCCUUCUUCCACGCGUUGAAAGGCACCUCACUGCCGCUGUGCCAUCACAUUUGGCCCCAUUGCUCAAGAAUGAGUUGUCUGCCUGUGAAGCCCUAGGCCUUCACGUGUUACAUAAAAUCCAAAUGGGUUCCCUUACGAGUGUCUGGAGCAUUGUCUGUGUCCAGCUGAUGCAAGCGCUUUGGAGAGGGCAGUGGAUGGUGCCCCUCAAAGGUCUCGUUGAAGACGUCUCGUGGCUGGUGGGCAUUUUCCAGAAGGUUGGGGGAGAGGUGGCUGUUGAAGGAUCAGUUGAAGAUACUGUGAGACAUAGUCUUGCAAUCCACCAACAAGUAGCAACACUAGGAGCCAAUGAUGUCGUUCAUAUACAGCAAAUACACCAACCUAAUCAACAGAGCUUACACUUGCCGCAAAAGGUGGCCACCUUGAGCAGUGGAACCAUAGAAAACGCAGUAACACAUCUCAUGUUACAACAUUACAUCAAUCAGUCAUUGCACCUUCUAAUCCGACCAGCAUUGGUUGCUCAAGCCCUUGUGUCACGAGUGAGUUCCAAUGCAGUUUGCCCCAUUGAGGAGCUACAGAGCCGAUUCUUCUUCCUCCGUUCCUUAAUGAGCAAUGAUUUCAUCUUCGAGAAGGACACUGGAGGAAAGGACUUCAUGGAAGGCUUAUCCCUGCUGACGUGGAGCGGAGAAGUCAGUUUCAUCCAGGGUUCAGUCCACCAUACCGGCAGAGGCAAUAAACUGAUGUCGUUGCUUCUCGGUCUCCUCAAACCCUUUGUCAUCACCUACAGUUGUGCUGCAGAGACACUAGCCUCCCAAGAUUGGCUCGACAAUGGUGAAGUCGUACUGGCCAUCCAGCGUCACGUGGAGAGAAUAGUUGCAAGUUCGGGGGUGUACUCUGCCCUCUCUUUGGACCCUACUCGCCAUGCACUGCGUUCGCUCAUCAAGCUUGGAAUGGUUGAGAAGAGAAAGGGAAUGGGUGACCAGACGACCCUCUCUCCCAACCAAGAGAAGCUGCAGACAGUUCUCCAGGAGCUCGGGAGAAGCAGUGAAGGAGCUCUAAGGCCGAAGCUGUAGCCAGUUGACGCAGUCGAUCUAGGAGAAUUGCUUCAAACAAUGCGCAUCAUGCACUGAGCCAGAAAUCUUUGACAGUGCGAAAUACAAAUAAUAAUACAAAUAUCCUAGUCAAUUUGAUAACUAGUGAUAGCAAAUUCCUUUCUGGUCUUGAGUUCCUUUGGUUGUGUUUAAUGAAGGACUGAAGUUAAUAGAUGAAAAUAGGUUGUUUGUUGUAUUAGGUGACAGAAUCAGAUGACUGAGAUUUUGGUAUGUCUAUAAUUUGAUAACUUUCAUGAUUUGUGAUGGAUUUGAUUUGAAGUGUUAUACAAAGCGAUGCUAGUACUUGUAAUGUGCAUAAUUGACAAUGCUUUAACGUUUUCUCAAUGGAAGUACAAUUUAGUGUCAUCAAGUAAUUGUUAAUAGGAGCUGUUGCAUGUAUCCGGAUUUUCUAGCCUGCUGCUUCUUUAUUUUGUUUUUAUAUCCUUUCUGAAUUCUUGCUCUCUCCUUUUCUCUCUCCCACUUCCUCCUCUUCCUCUGUCAUCUGCUUCCAUGUUCCAUAGUGUUCUAUAAAUUCAUUAUAGUCAGAGAAACCUGUAGUGUCCCUAUGUGUUCACACUUGUUCAACGGAAGCUGCAAAAUAUUCUAGUGUUCUGUGUCAUAUUACAAGUUUUGGAAGGUUUAUUAAUUAACCCUUCUUUUGUAUCUAGCCAAAGAUUGCGUAUCUUUUCUUUCCUCAUAUAUUUAUUUUAUUUGUUUAUUUUUUUUAAGUAUAAUGAAUUUGAAUACUGUUAGUAUUAGCAGGAAUUUGUUGUUUUAUUUUUUAUUUUUUAUUUUUAUUUAUUUUUUUUAUUUUUUUUUUUAUUAUUUUUUUUUUUCAUUCUUUUCUUGAAAUGGUAUUUAUCUGAAUUUGCCGAUUGUAGCUAAAGGAUAUAAGUUUCUUUAAUAUCUAAUUGGGUAAGCAACACAUUUUGAUUAUAAGAUAUUUACCAAUAUAUAUGCUAGAGAUUGGCUAAUGGAAAUAUCAAUUAAUUAUAUUCUAUUUAUUUUUUAGACUUACUCUUUCUCACAUAUUGCACAACAUGUUACAGUUUGCUCUGUCCAGUACAUCCUUUUAGAGUGGAAAUGCACUGUUGUCACAAAGUUUUUGCUCCUUUUAUUUUUUUGUCUCUCUCUCUUUUCUUUCGAAAUGCACUAAUACCUUACUUAACAUAAUAUAAUAAGAUUUGACCGUGGGAGACCCUGCUUCUGGACACAGGAAAAAAGGGGUUUAUGGGAACAGGGAGGGAGGGACGAGGGUCUUUAACAUAACAAAGCAUUCCUCUCGAAGACUUGUCACAAAAUGAAGUCCGUUACCUCAUUAGUAGCUUUAGGCUUUGCUUGAUCUGCCAUAUUGUCAUUGGAUGCCAAAUACCGAAGGGUAAUGUAUUAUAAUUGUGUCUGGUCAUCUAGUGUAAUGAAGAUUAUUGUCCCUGUUUUGUGAAGGAAUCAUCGGAUGCCAAUCAUGUUCGUUGUGCAGUUUCACAUAUAUUUUCAGAGAUAGGUGUACUGUGUAUAUAAAGGUAAUGUUGGUGAUUCGUGACUUGAUUAGAUUUUUAAAUCUGUACAAGCAGAUUCCUUGAUAUUUCUAUUAGGGCCGUGAUAUUGUGCUCAUUCACAGAUUCUGAAUGUUUUUGAAUGCUUUCUUGUAAACAGAGUAUAUUAUUUGUUUUGUAAGAAAUCCCAAGUGAUUGAAAUAAAAGAGAUUAUAUUCAA